AUGGGCAAUGCAAGGCCAAGCACCUCCAACGAAUACUGCUAUGACACAAAAGACCUCGAAGCGUCCAAGCCCGCAACCAUUGUUGAGCCCUCUCUCGAUGCAGAUGCCAAUACAGACCCGGAUCUCAUCACACGGAGCAGACCAGACGAUCCGGAGAACCCAAAUUACUGGCCUAAGAGAUCAAAGUGGAAGAACACCUGGGUCAUCUCCCUUUUCGUCUUCAUCUCGCCAGUCUCGUUAUCCAUGAUUGCUGCCAUGCGAAAUCUUGGCAAGGCCCUGGUCAUGCUCCGAUGUUGA